AUGUCUCUAGCCGCUACUUCAGUUUGGGCUAUUGUCUUUCUCUCCACUCUCGUUCUUGGCAGAGUUAUCUAUGCACUACACCUCUCACCGUACAGACACAUUCCUGGACCUCGAGUGUGCAAGCAUCGACGCUAUGGCGACGUUGUUCUGAUUGCGCCGGGUGAAGUCUCCUUCUCCGACGCUGUCUCAACAAGGGAGAUAUACGGUGCCCCUUGCGGACUUCCAAAGAGUAGGUAUUUCAACAACUUUCUGGCGUAUUGCCAUCGCUCUGUCUUCUGUACUCUUGGUGCGAAGGAGCACCAGGAGAUCCUGAAGCGCACCAUCGCCUUCUACAGACCCACGUCUGUCUUCAAGUCUGCCAUGCUGCAACCUGUUCGGGACAAUGUCAAGAAGACGCUGCAUCAGCUGGCGAGACGCACCGAAAACGGCCACGCAACACUGGACAUACUAAUCGUCUAUCUCUGUGCACAAACGAUUGAGCAUGAAUCGUGCUUCGAGCGGACCAUACUCGCAGGAUGGAUGACAGUCGAACUCUGGAACAACCUCUUGUACAACUUCCCUGUAGCACACAAGGCCAUCAAAGCCAUAUUCUCGUACUGCAGCGAUAAGCGAGACUUCUUGACCGCCGAUGAUAAGCUGGCUGACUGGAACAUGAGAAGAGUUGACGCUGCCUUGCGAAAACCCGAAGAUAUAGCUGUCGAUUCGCUGCUCCAUGUGCUCAGCACAGCCAAGACUCCCGAUGGCGAGCCAUUGCCCAAAUCACGGAUCCGUGAGGAGCUCUCUGCCAUACCACUCAAAGAAGACGGCCUUUCUGCAUUCAGUUUCCCUCAGUCUGCGCCGAUCUUAGGUGCCUGCAUCACUGAAUCAAGUCGGCUUCACCCGCUAUCGAGCGGCAGAGCAGAGAGAGUCGUGCCUACAACCGGGGCGUACAAUGGCAUCGUGCUUCCUGCUAAUACUGUUGUCUCAACAUCAACACUCGCUAUACAUCACAGACCAGAAGUGUUCCCAGACCCAGAAGCUUACAAGCCUGAACGCUGGCUGAACGCCAAGGGAGAAGUGCUUCGCGUGAUACAGUCAUGCUAUAUACCUUUCGGAUAUGGUGCACGUUUAUGUCUGGGCAAGCCAUUUGCACAAGCUGGCAUCAAGCACUUCAUUGCUGGUAUCUUGAUGCAGUUCGAGGUGUGCAUAGAUCCUCGAUCAGGAACAACGAGUCGGACCAUGGCUCAGCUAGGCACUCAGAACGCUUUGCCGCGAGGACGGCGUUGUGAGCUUUUACUUAAGCGGUUGCCUGUAGCAUGUGCUUUCAAGCAAAAAGCCUCAUGA